AUGGCUAGAGAUAUGAAUGUCAAAAAUGAUGAAGAGUUUUAUCAAUUAUUAAGAAAUGGUAUAUAUCAAAAUAUUAAUGAUGAAAUUGGAAAGGAAGAAUUAGAUAAUGAAGACAAAGAUUAUGGUGAUACAGAAGACGAACUUAUUGACAUAGAAGAGUAUGAAAAAUUUGGGUAUAAAAGUAAUGAUAGUAUUUUACAAAGUAAAAACUAUUUUAAUUUUGUAUCAAAGAAGCUAGUGGAAUUAUUAAAACUUCAAGAGCUGCGAGUAGUUAUUGAACCCGUAAAUGUUGAUCAUAUUGUUGACCACGGUAAUGAAAAUUUUGAUAUAGAGAAAUUAUUAGACCAACAAUUUAGUGAAGAUGAUGAUGUUAAUGUUUAG